UAGUGACCCGACCCCAUGGACUGCAGCCUACCAGGCUCCUCCGUCCCUGGGAUUUUCCAGGGAAGAGUACUGGAGUGGGGUGCCAUGGCCUUCUCCGCUAGAGUGGCUAGUAAAUGUAUUUUCUUUGGACGGCAUGGUACUUAGAAUGCUUCUGUUGGUGGUUGGUUUUUGUUUGCACUGGGUGUUUCAGCUUGUGCUGGCAUUUUUCAGUUUGCAGUGGUGAGUUCUGCUCCCUCUGGUCUUACACUCUGCUGCUCCUUAUGUUUUUGUUAACGGCUUUCUAGCUAUGGAAUGAGUUAUGACCUUGGUCUUUAUGGUAGCCAGUCCUUUGUGUUUUUCACCUUGAAAAACCAGGGACCCUCCAUUUAAUAGGAAGUUAUAAGGGAAAAUUUUGUAUCAUUUAACAUGGUAAGAAAUGUAUUUCAAGAUCCUUAGGAGAACCUUUGAACCUUUAUUGACUUUUACUUUUUUAAAAAUUUUUAUAAAGCCCUUUCAAAAAAUACAGUGGCAUGUAAUUCAUGUAAUUCAGGUGUUUUUUCCAUUGGAAACUUGCUGUCUAAACUUACUAUCAUUGCACUGAAUAUUACGAGAAGCAUUGUUUUAUACUCAGAAUAUCACUUAAGAGCUUGUUAGGAAUGCAGAAUCUUCGGCACCACCUGAACCACUUGACCCGAAUCUGCCGUUUACAGGAGUCUCAGGUCAUGCUUUUUAAACCUGUCCAGAUUCAACUGUUACUGUUAAUACUAAAAAAGCUGCCAGGUGCCCUCCUGACGUCUCUUGGCUGUCCGCCCCUCUCUCCACAUGUGGAUUGCAGCUUGAUUAGGGUGCAGUCCUGCAGCCCAGUGGCUGAAGCCAGGAAAGGGACCCUGUCUACCAGUGAUGACGUUGAAGACAGAGAAAACGAGAAGGGGCGCCUCGAAGAAGCCUAUGAGAGGUGUGACCGUGACCUGGAUGAACUCAUCGUACAGCACUACACAGAACUGACCACGGCCAUCCGCACGUACCAGAGCAUCACAGAGCGCAUCACCAACUCCCGAAACAAAAUAAAGCAGGUGAAAGAGAAUCUGCUUUCAUGCAAGAUGCUAUUGCACUGCAAACGAGAUGAGCUUCGGAAGCUGUGGAUUGAAGGAAUUGAACAUAAGCAUGUUCUGAACCUGCUGGAUGAAAUCGAGAAUAUCAAGCAAGUGCCUCAAAAGCUGGAACAGUGCAUGGCCAGCAAGCACUAUCUCAGUGCCACCGACAUGCUGGUGUCUGCAGUCGAGUCUUUGGAGGGCCCACUGCUCCAGGUGGAAGGACUGAGUGACCUUAGGCUGGAGCUGCACAGCAAGAAGAUGAACCUCCACUUGGUUCUCAUAGACGAGCUGCAUCGGCACCUGUACAUCAAAUCCACUAGCCGAGUUGUGCAGCAGAACAAGGAAAAAGGGAGGAUGAGCUCCCUGGUGAAGGACGUUUCUCCUGUCCCUCUGCUUGAUGUUACCAACCUUCCUACGCCUCGGAAAUUCCUCGAUACCUCUCAGUAUUCUACUCCUGGAAGCUCCAGUGUGAAGGAAAUAAGCCUCCAGGACAUCAAGGAGGAUUUGGAGUUGGAUCCAGAGGAGAACAGCACCCUUUUUAUGGGCAUCCUCAUCAAGGGGCUGGCCAAACUGAAGAAGAUCCCAGAGACAGUGAAGGCAAUCACAGAACGCUUGGAGCAGGAACUUAAGCAAAUCGUGAAGAGGUCUACAACCCAGGUGGCCGACAGUGACUAUCAGAGGGGAGAGAACCUCACGGCUGAGAACCAGCCAAGGCUACUUCUAGAACUGCUGGAGUUGCUGUUUGACAAGUUUAACGCUGUCGCCACAGCACACUCUGUGGUCCUGGGAUACCUGCAGGACACUGUGGUGACCCCACUGAGUCAGCAGGAAGAUGUCAAAUUGUACGACAUGGCCGAUGUGUGGGUGAAGAUCCAAGAUGUUCUGCAGAUGCUGUUGACUGAGUACUUGGAUAUGAAAAAUACACGUACGGCCUCUGAACCUUCAGCGCAGCUCAGUUAUGCCAGCAGUGGACGCGACUGUGCAGCCUUUUUUGCCAAGAAGAAACCUCAAAGGCCAAAGAACUCUCUUUUCAAGUUCGAAUCCUCCUCCCACGCCAUCAGCAUGAGUGCCUACUUGAGAGAACAGAGAAGGGAGCUGUACAGUCGGAGCGGAGAACUUCAAGGGGGUCCUGAUGACAACUUAAUUGAAGGUGGAGGAACAAAAUUUGUUUGCAAACCUGGAGCCAGGAACAUUACCGUCAUAUUCCAUCCAUUAUUAAGAUUUAUCCAAGAGAUAGAGCAUGCCCUGGGACUUGGUCCUGCCAAACAGUGUCCUCUUCGAGAGUUUCUCACCGUGUACAUCAAAAACAUCUUCCUCAAUCAGGUCUUGGCUGAGAUCAACAAGGAGAUCGAAGGAGUCACGAAAACAUCUGACCCCCUGAAGAUCCUGGCUAAUGCAGACACCAUGAAAGUGCUGGGGGUUCAGCGGCCUCUCCUCCAGAGCACAAUCAUUGUGGAGAAGACAGUGCAAGACCUCAUGAACUUGAUGCACGACUUGAGUGCCUACUCAGAUCAGUUCCUCAACAUGGUGUGCGUGAAGCUGCAGGAGUACAAGGAUACGUGCACUGCAGCCUACAGGGGUAUCGUCCAGUCUGAAGAAAAACUUGUCAUCAGCGCAUCUUGGGCAAAAGAUGAUGAUAUCAGCAGGCUCUUGAAAUCUCUACCAAACUGGAUGAAUAUGGCUCAACCCAAACAGCUGAGGUCAAAGAGAGAAGAGGAAGAAGAUUUCAUAAGGGCAGCAUUUGGCAAGGAGUCGGAAGUUCUUAUUGGGAACCUGGGUGAUAAAUUAAUCCCUCCACAAGACAUCCUCUGUGACGUCAGCGACCUCAAAGCCUUGGCCAACAUGCAUGAGAGCUUGGAAUGGUUAGCAGGCCGAACAAAGUCAGCUUUCUCCAGUCUUUCUACAUCCCAGAACUCAGCUCACUCCACCACCACCACCAACAAAAAAACCAGGGAGGAGCUGACUUUCCCUUUUGUUCCUUGCAAAAUAAACAGCUCUGAAGAGGAACCCGAUGCUUCCCGUCCCCGUUUCCUUUGACUCUUGAAACGUAGGGCUGCUUGGGCUGGUGUGUUCGUGAUGACUGGAAGGAGUCCUGUCGUUUGGUGGGUCAUCCGAGUCUAACAUUUAACAAUGCAGUCUCUUACUUUGGCAGCACAGCAGUCCAGAUUUCUAUUCUAAAAGGGUUCCACAAGGCCAAAUAGGACACAGCCUCUACAGCAAGCCACUGAGUGAUCCACACGGGCUAACCUGGCUUCAACUAUUCUCAGAAAGGGAGAGACAUGCUCUCAGAGUUAUGCUCAACUCUGUAAUUGCACCAUUUCACUGUUGUGUUCGUGUCACUAAGAGUCCCCGGUACAGUUGAGGUCUAAUUCAUGCCUUCUAUCAUCUCUGGUUUUCUGACAAAGAUCUCUCAUACCACGCCCGUUAAUACCUCUCGUAUGCUCAAUUCCAUUUUAUAAUAUAAGUUGUACCCUCUCGGUUCCUUUCAGGGUGAUUAUUCCACCCAGUGAGUGAUUUAAGUGACUGUCAGCAUUUUGACGAUCAGCGCAAAACCCAAGUGAACUGUAAUCACUAGUUAUGUUGUCUUUGUUAAAACAAAGCAUCAAGCAAGCCUGGUUUAUUCUGUUAGCAACAUGCCUCGCUCACCCACACUCAUCUAGUCUUCAAAUUCCCAGCAGAGAUGCCCAUUGCUGUUUAUAAUUUGAACAAAGCAGGGAAUUCUCUGAUAAUGGGUUACUUUGAUUGUUCCAUGUCAGUGUGACUUUAGAAGGGGAAUCAGGGACAGCUCUUUAUAUUCUUUUGAAAAGUGAACCACAUGAUUACCUCAACAAAAGUAUUGCCAAGUCUGGAGACUCGAUAGCAUGAAGAAAAUGCCAGCCUUUUGUCUAGCCCUCCCAGAGACUCAGGAUGGGGGAAAGUCAAGAAAAGAAGUAUAGAAGUUUAUUUUUUGUCCACAUCUGUUCAACUAUUUUGGAUGAUAAUACUGUGCCUUAUUAUAAUUACGGUACAUGGAGAAAGUUUGCAGAAAAUUAUUUUCAUAGUAAAAAACAAUCUCUUUAGAUAUUACAACAGGAUUCUCCUCCUGUUCAAUAUAAAGAUAUGAAGUAUUUUAAGUAGAGGAGAAUGGCAGAGCAUGGCUGGCCAUGUGCCCAGAAAAUAAGAGUUGACCCUUUUUUCAAAGAUGGUUUUUCUGUCUCUUCUACUAUUUUCUGUUUUCCUUACACUUAGGAGAGUCUCCUUACCUCAUGUAGAUCCUAACUGCACCAAAGACACUGCUCCUUUUUCAUCCUUCCACAGUCCUUUGUUCCUGCUCCAUUUCUCCCAGUACUCUCCUGCUCAGUCUUUCUUCAACUUAUUCUACUUAAAAUUCUUUGUGUUGAGUGCUCAGUUACUUCAGUCAUGUCUGAUUUUUUGUGACCCCGUGGACCGUAGCCCACCAGGCUCCUCUGUCCGUGGGAUUUCCCAGGCAAGAAGACUGGAGUGGAUUGCCAUUCCCUCCUCCAGGGCAUCUUCCCGACCCAGGGAUCAAACCCAUGUUUCCUGCAUCUUCUGCAUUGCAGGCAGAUUCUUUCCUACUGAGCCACCUGGGAAGCCUGGUGACAGUCACAGCCCAAUUAAAGGACCAAAAAAAUUCUUUGAUUUGUAAAACCAGUAAAUCAAAGGCUUCAGAUGUGGCUGAAUGCAGAGGUUCACAAGAUAACAGGACAUAACAGACCUGUUUACAUGCCUGCGCCCCCUCUCUCCCCCAUUCUUUAUUUUUGCUGUAUUCCUUUAUUUCAUCUCAGGGAAGACCUUUUCAUAUAGUAACAUUCUUGGCCACCAGCAGCCCCAAGAUUAUUUGAUCCCAGACAAAAAGAGCAUUUUUACUAAGAGCUCAUGAAGCCAUCCUAGAGAAGACUUGGAUUGACCUAACUUGGCCUCCGCUCAUAGGUCUCGAAGUCUCUCCUUGUAUACGCCUUGGUUUCUAACUCUCUAUCCCCCUACCCACGGCUCAGUCUCCCACUCCCACUUCUAGAAUCUCUGUGUUCAGGAUCUGUUUUUAACAAAUACGCUUUCAGUGCAAGGAAGUUGAGCAGGACCAUAUUUAGUGUUGGACAUUCAGGAUCUACAUUUAUAGAUAUCUCCCCUCAUUGAUCAGAGUUUCAACUUUGUAGUAAAGGCACAGACUAUCUGUCCUCUGUAAUAGCUGCUGUUUGUAAGAAUACUAAAUAAAAAGUCUGAAAUUAACUUUAAGAAAAUUCUCAGCAAAAUGUGACCUACAUAGAAAUUGUUAAAGUGCAUUCAAUUGGAACAC